AUGAAUCAAUUCAGACACAAACCAAUUAACUUAGAGGGAUAUUCGAUUCGCCUUCUCCGACUCUGCAAAGCAGAUUUUGGAAAUGUGCAAUGCGAACUCAUUCAUGCAUAUCUUGAUGACAAGAACAUUAUGGAGUACGAAGCACUUUCAUACACCUGGGGAGGAUCAUACAAGGCGCAUGACGUUGAAGUUGACGGAGGCAUGAUGGCUGUCACGCAGAAUCUAUCACUAGCACUGCGGAGCCUGCGAAAGUCGAACGAAGAUCGAAUCCUCUGGGUUGACGCUAUCUGUAUUGAUCAAGAAAACGACGAGGAGAAAGGACACCAAGUCUCUCAGAUGGGGUCAAUCUUUGCGAAGGCCGCGCAAGUACUCAUUUGGCUUGGUCCGGCUACUCCAGAGACAAAUUUGGUGUUCAGAGAAAUAUCCAAACUGACACCCGAUCAAAAGGAAGGUCUCAACGAUCUUUUGAGCCGUCCUUGGUUUGAAAGAGUAUGGAUUAUCCAGGAGGUUGCCAACGCAAAACGAGCCAGAGUCGUGUGUGGCGCGGAGUCGGUCCUAGCGCGCACCUUUGCUCUUUUCUCAUUCCUGUCGGAAAUCUCACCUAGCCAACACUGCCAGGCUAUAAUGGACGUCAUGCCAGGCCCUACGCGUGAAUACUCAUGGUGGACCGAGAAUCAUGACCUCAACACACUGCUGCUCAAGUUCAGAGGCAGUCAGGCGUCCGAGCCGAGAGACAAGAUUUGUGCUCUGCUCGGUAUCUCGUCAGACCGAGCCACCAAGGGUUUUCCCGUACCAAAUUACACAAAAUCUGAAGUCGAAGUGGUUCAGGAUACUGUUGCUUUCCUCCUUCAACUGCCCACAGGAAUGGAAGGAAGUAGCUAUUCA